AUGGCACCCGGUCAGGGUGGCAAGCGCAAGCGCGACGGCCGCUCGUGGUCAGGCGAUUCGCCGAGUAACGAGCCCUCACGUCCGUCGCCUCACCGUCCUGGUAACUUGAACAUGGCACACCACAACGCGCAGCAGGGCUAUCAACCUAGCCCAUCCCGCGAUUCUCAUGACACACGCGAUCGUCCGCGCCGUUAUUCUCACCGAGGAGGAGGAGGUGGUGGUGGUGGUGGUGGUGGUGGCCGAGGCAACUACCGCCGCGGAUCGUACGAAGGCCCCAAUUACCAGCACCGAGAUGCAAGCGCAAUGUCUUCCCAGUCUCAGAACCAGCCUCAGAACCAGUUUCAGAACCAGUUUCAGAACCAGCCUCAGGAGACAACAGAGAAUGCGCCUACAAAUGAAGAGCGUGUUAGGACCCAGCCUACACCUUCCCCCACGCCCAACACUCCCGCAGCGCAGCCCCAGCAGCCUCCUCCAUCCCGAGCCGAAACCGACGUGAAUCCUGAACAGCUCCCAAAGAAGACACCCUCUGUUUACGAUUACGAAUAUGUCACAGACGCUGUUGCACGAGAGUGGUUCUCUGGAGGAAAACAGAAGAUUGUGGAACAAGGACGCGCUGCUCUAUCUCAACAGGAUGCUCCUACAUUGGCAUCGAUCUACCAAGAGCUGGUCUAUUCCGUAUUUAACGGACGAGCGGCGCCGUCGGAGGCAGGGACAGUUGUCAAGGAUAUUAUCGGUGAUGAAUUUGCAUCUCAGGAUCUGGAUAUAGAAGUCGAGGACCCGAAGCCUUCGACCGCCGAGCUGGACUCGCGCUCAUUGUUCCUCGACAUCCUUUCAAUUGUCACAGACGCCGAUACAGCGAACCCUGUGCUGAAGCCUCUCGUUUCGGCGACCGCAAUCUCUCCGAAUCUCAUGCGUCUCCAGCUCGACUCACCCCUCUUGCAAUCGCUAGGAUUGGUUCGCGAAACCUUUACCCGCAUGGGAAUCCGCAAGCAGACCAACCUUCUUUAUCGCCAAUCUAACUACAAUCUUCUCCGAGAAGAGUCCGAGGGCUAUUCAAAGCUUAUCACCGAUCUGUUCACCACCAGCGAGAAUGAGCCACCCACGUGUGAGGUAGCCCAUGAAACGUUUGAACGAGUUAAAGCCAUGAUCGGUGCUUUUGAUAUGGAUGUUGGUCGAGUCCUUGAUGUGAUGCUUGAUGUGUUUGCUUCCGUACUUGUCAAAAACUCCCGUUUCUUCGUGAAGUUGUUGCGAGUCAGCUCCUGGUGGCCCAAGGAGGACCAUGCUCGCUGUGCCUCAGGACUGCCGGACUGGGCCCUUCCAAAUUCACUGGAAUGUCAUACAACCGAUGAAGAAAGAGCUCGCAUCGUGAAGUCCAAUGAGCAGCGUGAUAGGGACUUGUUUGAUCGCGCCAGACAGGUCGGUCUCCAGGCUUUCUUUGAGAUCAACCGCAAACGGCUCUCUGAGGAUGAAAUCCACCGAGUACUUUCCGACCCUAGUGCUUUUCCUGAAGAGGAAGAAGCAACCAAGACAUGGAUUGAAACGACCGGAACCCUGCCAACCACCGGCAAUAGAGUUGCCGCCCAGCUUCUUGGAUUCAAACUGCGGUUCUAUUCAUCUUCGGCUCGCUCCAAGUCGGAUAUUCUGCCAGACAACCUCAUCUAUCUGACCGCACUGCUCAUCAAAGUGGGCUUCGUUUCCCUCCGUGACCUCUAUGCCCACCUUUGGAGACCCGAUGGCUCAAUGGACGUUCUGAAGGCCGAAAAGAUGACAGAGAAAGCAGAAAGAGAGAAGACUGCGCGUCCAGGUGGUGGUAUGAACGCUUUGAUGAUGGCCUCCGCACUCUCGGACGAUACUAUUCCAACUCCACGCCUGCGUGAUGCUGCCUCUCGAUUGGCCACACCAGGAAAGGAAUCGGAGGCUGAUAAGCAGACAACGACUACCAAGGCCGAGCCCGAACUACCUGAUCCUUCGGAUCAGAAGGUGCUCCUUUUGAAGAGCCUCCUCGCUAUUGGCGCAAUUCCCGAAUCGUUGUUUAUCAUCAGCAAAUUCCCGUGGGUCAUGGAUGGCUAUCCUGAGCUUCCCGAACACAUUCACCGCAUUCUUCACCACUCGCUGAGCAAGGUCUACAAUCAGGCCCAGAGUUCUCUUGGAACGGCGACUGCGCCAGCCCCGCUCCGUCGAGCCAAACGCUGGGCUCAGCUUGAUCGGAUUGACGACCCCGUGGAAGAAACCGAUUAUCAUUUCUACUGGGAUGACUGGGUCGAUGAUGUUCCAAUUUGUCAGUCUGUCGAUGACGUCUUCACUUUGUGCUCUACUUUCCUUAAUCUCUCCGGGCACAAGAUUGGCCAAGAUCCUGUCCUGAUGACCAAGUUUGCUCGGAUUGGCAAAUACAGUCUGAGAGAAGAUACCAGCGAAGGCAACAAGGCUCGCUGGCAUGAUCUUUGUAAACGACUUUUGCUACCUGCAAUCAGUCUGGCCAGAAAGAAAGUCGAAAUCAAAAGCGAUGAUCAGGGAUGGAUCAAGAGGAAAAAAGAAGAGAAGCAGAGAAAAUUCGAUACGAGCGUCGCCAAUGCCGUCUCUGACGUGUUCGAACUGGUCAGCUUUUUCCCUCGUGAGGUCCGUUUCAACAUGUACGCGGAAUGGCAUUUCGGUCAAACUUCCAGACUGCCAGAUAUCAAGUCUGCUUUCGACCUGGCAAAGGCGGAAACUAAAGAUGUUCUCAAGCGCAUCAGCAAAACAAAUAUUUCGGCAAUGGCUAGCCAACUGACGGCUAUUGCCUUGAUCAACCCCGGCAUUGUCCUCAAUGUCGCCAUCAGCCAGAUCGAGUCGUAUGAAAACCUCAUCGAAGUGGUUGUUCAGUGCACGCGCAAGUUUACAACCAUGGGAUACGACAUUCUGACCUGGUGUCUCAUCAAUUCGUUGGGUCAGAAGGGCAGAAGCCACGUGCAGCAAGAUGGCAUGUUUACAAGCCGGUGGUUGAAUGCUUUGGCAACUUUUGCUGGCCGAAUUUUCCAAGAACAUUCCGCCAUGGAUCCUACUCCACUUUUCCAGUAUGUUGUUCAACAGCUGCGACACAACAAUGUUGCCGAUCUCAUCGUUUUGGAAAAAUUGAUCAGCUCUAUGGCGGGCAUCAUUACCGACAAUGAUUUCAACGACAAUCAGGUUCAGGCGAUGACUGGUGGUGAGGGUCUGCGGGCACGGACGCUCUUGCAGCUUUUGGACAAACGACAUCAAUCUCAGGCUACCUCCAAGCGACUGAUCAAGUCUUUGACUCCUAAUCGUCUUGCCGGCCAGCUGCUUGUUGCCAUUGCGCAGGAGCGGCUUACAUGUGUCUUCAGCGAGUCAUCGUCAGAGUUGAAGUUACUCGCCAAUAUCUUCGAUGAAGUCCAUCGCGUUCUGACCCAAUAUCUCGACCUCCUGCGAAGCAACCUUUCUGUCGAGGAUUUCGACUCUUUUGUGCCCGACUUCGCAUCUUUGAUUCAAGAGUUUGGAGUCCAGCCCGAAAUCGCCUUCUGGAUUCGGCGCAUCAGUAUAUCCGACAAGCUUUUGGAGUACGAAAACUCGAAAGCAACAGGAUCCCCAGCCAAAGAGGCCAAGGGGGCUUUGGCUUCUAAGCCUCAUGACGAGACUCAGAAGGACACCAACGAGGAUGGCGAGCGCAUGGAGGUCGACAAAACGGAUCAGCCUACAGCUGCUCCAUCAACUCCGCCUUUGCCGCUGGCUGCGAACCCCGUCAUGCAAGAGUUGAUCGACAAUGUUAAAGCAGUGCUGCCGUCGGACACCUGGGAAACAGUCGGCGCCUAUUUUUAUGCUACCUUUUGGCAACUGUCUCCCUAUGACUUGCACAUGCCUCAAUCAUCCUACCAAGAUGAGAAUCGGCGAUUGACUAAGCAGCUUCAGCAUCUUCACCAGAUUCGCGACCACGGCAGGAAUACUACCCAGCGAAAGGAACAAGAAAAGAAGCAAAUGGAACAAGAUAAAAAGCAAAUUUCAAGCCUCAUUGAUCAGCUUGUGGCCGAAAACCGCACCCACGUGAAGAAUUAUCAGGACACACGCAUCAGACUCCAGUCCGAGAAAGAUCGGUGGUUCGCGGGUAUGCGCCUCAAGUCUGAGGAGCUACAUAUUGCUUUGCUGGAGAAGUGUUUCAUUCCUCGACUCUUGCUAUCGCCCAUUGAUGCAUUUUUCUGUUUCAAAAUGUUGAAGUUCCUGCAUAGCUCAGGAGCUCCCAAUCUUCGCACGAUGGGCUUGAUUGAUCAACUCUUCCGGGACCAGCGUUUGACGUCACUCAUCUUUCUUUGCACUUCAAAGGAGGCUGACAAUCUGGGACGUUUCUUGAGCGAGGUUCUGCGUUGGCUGUCCACCUGGCACGCCGACAAAAAAGUGUAUGAGAAGGAAGCCUACGGAACAAGGAAAGAUCUUCCCGGAUUUGCGAAGACUGUUGAUUCUGAGGGCGUCCCCGUGAACUUCCUGGAAUAUGAAGAUUUCCGUCGUUUGUUGUACAAAUGGCACCGAUUGCUCUGCAUUUCGCUCAAGACCUGUCUCGAAAGCAGCGAGUACAUGCACAUUCGCAAUGCCAUCAGCGUUCUUCGAGCGGUUGUCAACAACUUCCCCGCCGUGAACUGGAUGGGUGCUCAAAUGCGUGACUGCGUGGAUUAUCUCAGCAAGAACGAUGAUCGAGACGAUGUCAAGAUCCCUGCUGCCUCGCUCAUCGGGGCCUUGAGAGGACGAGAAAAGAAGUGGAUGCUUCCCCAGUCGUUCAACAUCUUGAAGCAGACCGAUGGUGGUCAAUCGAAGCUCGGCUCUCAGCCCCCGACGGACCGUGCCGGAAAGUCCGGUACCCCUAGUUCGCAAUCUCCCCAUCCGACGUCAGCACCAUUGAACGCUGCUGCGCCGGAGUUCAAACCCACUCCUCAGGAGACAAAUGAUACCACAAAGCAAGAUCUUGGUAGAGAAGUGGAGGAUGGAGAGAUUGAUACUCAAAUGACAGAUACUGCGCCUGCAACGGACUCGUACGAAGCCAAAUCGCAAGCAGAGGUUCCGGCAACGGGCGUGAGCCCCGACACCACUGCUAUGGACACCAGUCUGGAUGUCCUCGACCGCUCAGACGAAAAUCGUGAUCAGCAAGAGCCCCGAGCUCGAUCUCGGACAGGUCGCCAGCCCGAUGUCCCUAAACGGCCUGAGCCCGCUAUGAACCCGCGUGAUGUGGCUCGCCUUCCCCGACACAGCGAUGGUCCUAACAGGCUUCCGCCGCGGCCUGACGUGGCAGAGGAUCGACGGGGCCGACACUCCGACUUAAACAACCGCAACCAACAAGGAGGUGCCGAUCAUGCUCGCUCCUUCGAUGGCCGUGGCCCGGGUUCUGAUCCUCGGGGUCGUGCACGAGACCGUGACUUUGGUGUAAGACCUUCACCAAAUGAUCCCAUGCGUGGGCGGCCCUAUCGUGACGGCCGUCUUCCUCGACAAUCAGACUCGGGAUGGGGACCUUAUGAACCAUUCGACGGUCCAAGGAUGCCGCCUCCUCCUCGCUCUGAGUCGCAGAAGAGAAGGGAUGCCGAGGACGACGCGAUCGCCUACAAAGAAGCCAUGGCAGACCGACGUCGCGUUGAAGAGCGAUUGCGCGAGAAGAAUCACGAACGACGUCCUCAUCGUGCGUCAUCGCCGUCUCGAUCUGAUCUACCCAAUCGCCCUGAGCGAUUCCCUCACGACCGCCGAUCUGGCAACUUCAAUACACCACCGUCUAACCCAGACGAUUUCGGGUUCCCCCGAGGCCCCCGCAACGAUCGUUCCGCUGGUGAACCUGAUAUGCACCACGGCCGUCUCCGCGGGCCCGACCCACCAUCAGACACUCCAUCUGCGCCACGUGGAAGGGGCCGGAACACCCGCAAUGCUUCCUCUAACCUCGUGGCCCCGUCCGGCCCGAGUAAUGGCAGAGUUCCUAGUCCCGAUCGUCAAAUUCCUACUGGCCCUGCACGACAAAGUGGACAUGGAGGUCAAGAUGUACCUCCAUCAGCAGCAUCGCACCCAUCGGAGCCGAGUGAAGGCUCGGGUAUCCACCCUGAUCGGUUGAUCAAUAUCGAGGAUAAGCCGCAGCAACCACACGCGACUACCAUGACUCCUCCAUCCGGUCCUCGCGCUUCAGGGCCCCAACAAGCACCCCGAGGACCUGGUGGUGAUCGUGGCCGUGGUGAUAAGCGAUUCGCCGGUAUCAACGGCGUCCUUCAGCAGACCAACGGCUCGGCAGAACGUGCACCUGGCACACCUCGCGGACGAGGCCCGCGUCAAUCGAAUAUCUCUUCCGCCAACGCCUCCCCUCAACUCGCUACCAGACCCCCUCUGGGCCCCAGCGGUGCCGAGACCCCCGGUUCAGCUCGUGUCCGUCCCGACGCCCGCGGAGACCUACUCGACGACGCUACUCCCGACACUCAUCGUUCAACCCGCAACUCUGACCGUGAGCGGAACCGUGAGCGCCGUGCGGAUGAUGCCAGCGGUAGCGGCAGCUCUUCCCGCCGUGAAGACCGUCGCGAACGCGGCCGAGACUCAGACCGUGAACGCAGCCGCCGAAGCGAUGCCGGUGGCGCCGGUGGCGCCGGUGACAAGGACCGCGAGGCACUCCGUCGAGCCCCCGGCUCACGCGAGGAAAUGCGCCGUCGAGACCGACGAGAUCGCGACGACGGGGUCGACAAUGCCCCCGCAUAUCCCAACAACAACAACGAAUCCGAGGGUCGUCUCCGUCCUCCCUCUUCUUCGGGCGCCCCGCCUCCACCUAGCGGUCCUUCUUCUCAGCCGCCUCCCCCAACCGAUGACAAUGGCCCUCGCCGCUGGGGCUCCGGCGGAGAUCGCGGCACUCGCUCUGAGAACCGCGAUCGCGAGCGUGAUCGCCGUGGUGACCGUCGGGAUCGUGAUCAGCACCGUGAUGGCGGUGGCUCUGGUCGAAAGCGUGGUCGUCCCAACCCUGACGAGAAUGGUGAUGGAGGCCGUGGUCCCCGUUUGGGCGGUGAUAACAAGCGUCCUCGUCGUGGAGGACCCUGA